GGGGUUUCCAUACUUGAACUUGAACCAUCCUCUUCUGCCCGGUACAAGAUGUCAUCGCGACCCCUUCCUCGUCAGCCACCAUCCUCCAGUGGAUUCGUGAUUACUAACCAACAACCUCAGCAACAACCGGUGCUGUCUUCGGGGCAGCAGAGCCUCACAAUGAGGAUGGCAGCGAUGGAUAUUUGGGGUGGGCCGUUGCCUCGACCUCCAGGACAGUACCAACAGACUGGAUACCAGCAGGCUGGAUAUCCACAGAGGGGUCCUGUGUAUCAGCCGCAGAGACAGCCAUUCGUAUCCUCAAGAUCUCAUUCUUUUGCGGCAGCCCAUCCACCGGCGCUGCGACCCUCGACGAUAUCAGUUAAUGGACAGGUCUACCAGGCUCCAACCCAGCCGGUCCAACCAUACCAACAUAGAUCCUCACCGACUCCGGCAUCUCCCAGUUUAUACCAGACAUAUACCUACACCCAGCCUCCCCCCCCACCAAGUCCCGUGAGACAGCAGAGCAUGCCUUAUCCACCUGCCUCUUUCUCCACCGGGACCGUCCCGACAUCCUCUUUCCCGCCCUCUCCAGUACGCCAACAGUCACUUCCUUGUCCUCCCGCCCCUUCAUCGUCGGUCCCGCCUUCACCCCCGUCACCCACCCGCCCUGUUCCAACUUCGUCCUUCCCAAACGGCCGACCAGCUUCUGUUGUAUUCCCAGUGCAAACUCAAGUCAACGGCAGGAGAGAGUUGCCUAGCCCAGGUCCAUCACAGGGAAGCUCGCCGACACGAGUUUUGCCACCAACGUCUGUUUCGUUACACAACCCCAGUUCAGCUAGGCCUUUCCCAAGAAGCAGCUCACCGACGCGUCCGCUCCCGCUUGUAGCCUCUCGUCAAUCGUCGCCGACAAAAUCCAAGACGUUCCCGUCGCCGAUGUCACCACAAAGAGAGACAAGGCCGCAACCGACACCAUCGUUUCUACCUCCCUCUCCGACGCGUCAUCAUGAUACAACCCCGGCUCGACCCCUACCUUCUACAUCUUCAUCAGGUACGACGCGUCCGCAGCCAUCGCCCCAGACCUCCUCGUUCCCCCCUUCUGAAUCUCAAACAACAAUAGCUCCAUUGCCACCAACUCGAACACAGCCCUCACGCGUUCCACCCAUCCGUCAUCCCUCUCCAAUGCGACCAAAACCGACACUCGCUGUUGACAUUGAUUUGGAUGAACCGCCGCCGGUUUCUGUCGCCGGUCGGCGAGGCGGCCCACGAACCAUGCGCACUAGUGGCAGUGGGGGCGAGCUCUCAGCCGGGGCAUCCGCUUCUUCGAAGGUAGAGGCUCCAAGGGUCGUCCUUCCAGAACCGUCGGCUGUUCCCAAAAUCGUGUUACCGGAUGAUUCCUCCGCCACACCGAAGAUCGUCCUGCCAGGUGAUGAACCUCGUGGUCGGGACCCUUCAAUCAGAGGAAGGCCAACACCACCUUCGAUAAAUGUGGGUUCUUCCCCGCCCUCCAUAACAAUUGGAGAAGGGCCCAUACCACCGCAGAUUAACAUUCCCGGUGAUUGCGACAAUGAGGCUCCUUCAGUAAGCAUAAAUGCCCCGCAGCUUGCUAACAAAACGGCGACCAUUUCUACUACGGCUUCAAAGCUUCCGACAGUUCCCCGAAGUAGGCUCUCGUGCGCCGAUUGUAAACUACCAAUCAUUGGACGGCUGGUUACCGCGUCCAACAGUGAUAGAGGAGGAGGCUUGCGCUGGCAUCCUGAAUGUUUCAAGUGCACUAUUUGCAGCGAACUUCUGGAGCAUGUCAGCUCAUAUGAACGAGACGGAAAGAUGUAUUGCCAUCUGGACUUUUAUGAGACAUUUGCUCCGAAGUGCUCCCACUGUCAGACCCCAAUCAUCGAAGAACAUUUCAUAUCGCUGGAUGAUUCCGCACUGGGAGGCAAGCGCACAUAUCACGCGCAGCACUUUUUCUGUGCAGAGUGCGGUGAUCCAUUUCUAUCUGCUAGUGGAGGCCUCGGUGGCGAGCGCUCCUUUUCAGCGGAUACCCAGACUUCAGAGUUCAUGGUCUACAGAGGGUAUGCAUAUUGUGAGGCCUGCCAUGUUCGACUGCGUAUGCCCAAAUGCUCUCGAUGCAAAAAGAGUAUCAGGGAGUGGGAUGAGGGGGCCAUUGAAGCUAUGGGCCGCAAAUGGUGCAGGGGCUGUUUUAGAUGUGAAGGCUGUGAGCAGCCAUUUGAUGAGGGCACAUUUUUCGAGAGAGACAAAAAGGCCUGGUGUGAAACUUGCUUUAGUGUUAUUUUGAGAAAUGAGGUGUAGUGCUGGAUGUGUUUAACAAGUAAAUUGUAUGAUUGAGUGGUAUGUAACUUAGUAGGAAGCCUAUGUUAGUGGGUGGUUUUUUGGUAGGGAUAUUGGUUUCUGCUGGUGUAUAUAUGAUGUAUCUGCACUCAGAUUGACUUAUACACAUGUUGGGUUC